GACAGAGGGAGGGGAUAGAGGGAGGGAGAGUUGGUCUUGGCUAGCAGCAGUAUCAGUAGCAGUGCCGUUCAGCUGGUUGGAAGGGAGAGAGUGUCGGAGAGGAACUCUAGGAGGGAAGACAGGGAGGAACUCUAGGAGGGAAGACAGGGAGAGAGGAUCGGAGAGGAACUCUAGGAGGGAAGACAGGGAGAGAGGAUCAGAGAGGUACUCUAGGAGGGAAGACAAGGAGAGAGGGUCGGAGAGGAACCCUAUCGGGAAGUCAGGGAGAGAGGGUCGGAGAGGAACUCUAGGAGGGAAGACAGGGAGAGAAGGUCAGAGAGGAACUCUAGGAGGGAAGAGAGGGUCGGAGAGGAACCCUAUCGGGAAGUCAGGGAGAGAGGGUCGGAGAGGAACACUAGGAGUGAAGAGAGGAUCGGAGAGGAACUCUAGGAGGGAAGACAGGGAGAGAGGGUCAGAGAGGAACUCUAGGAGUGAAGACUGGGAGAAGCCUUGACUGACUGAAGAGGGAAGACAGGAGUGUGUUGGUGUGGAACGGUCUUGUUGUGGCCAGCGGUGGGCUGGUCUGGUGUUUCCUGUCCAUUCAAGGGCAUUCCAUCUGCUGAGACCUGGACAGGAGAGAGACAGCGGAGAGGAGAAACCAGCCACAUAGGCCUCACUGGGUUGGAGAGAGAGAGGGACAGGGGAGGAGGGAGAGACACAGAAGGAAGGAGGCUUCGAGGGGAGCCACAUGGUCUCAGUCCCACAGGGAGCUACUCUUCUGGGGACAGUAGACUGACAAGCCACAGUAGUCUGCUACUACCAUGGGGGACUGGAACCUGCUGUCUGUUUUAACUAGUCCCUCUCUCCCCUCGCUCUCCCUCCCUACAGCCACAGUAGUCUGCUACUACCAUGGGGGACUGGAACCUGCUGUCUGUUUUAACUAGUCCCUCUCUCCCCUCGCUCUCCCUCCCCACAGCCACAGUAGUCUGCUACUACCAUGGGGGACUGGAACCUGCUGUCUGUUUUAACUAGUCCCUCUCUCCCCUCGCUCUCCCUCCCCACAGCCACAGUAGUCUGCUACUACCAUGGGGGACUGGAACCUGCUGUCUGUUUUAACUAGUCCCUCUCUCCCCUCGCUCUCCCUCCCCACAGCCACAGUAGUCUGCUACUACCAUGGGGGACUGGAACCUGCUGUCUGUUUUAACUAGUCCCUCUCUCCCCUCGCUCUCCCUCCCCACAGCCACAGUAGUCUGCUACUACCAUGGGGGACUGGAACCUGCUGUCUGUUUUAACUAGUCCCUCUCUCCCCUCGCUCUCCCUCCCCACAGCCACAGUAGUCUGCUACUACCAUGGGGGACUGGAACCUGCUGUCUGUUUUAACUAGUCCCUCUCUCCCCUCGCUCUCCCUCCCUACAGCCACAGUAGUCUGCUACUACCAUGGGGGACUGGAACCUGCUGUCUGUUUUAACUAGUCCCUCUCUCCCCUCGCUCUCCCUCCCCACAGCCACAGUAGUCUGCUACUACCAUGGGGGACUGGAACCUGCUGUCUGUUUUAACUAGUCCCUCUCUCCCCUCGCUCUCCCUCCCCACAGCCACAGUAGUCUGCUACUACCAUGGGGGACUGGAACCUGCUGUCUGUUUUAACUAGUCCCUCUCUCCCCUCGCUCUCCCUCCCCACAGCCACAGUAGUCUGCUACUACCAUGGGGGACUGGAACCUGCUGUCUGUUUUAACUAGUCCCUCUCUCCCCUCGCUCUCCCUCCCCACAGCCACAGUAGUCUGCUACUACCAUGGGGGACUGGAACCUGCUGUCUGUUUUAACUAGUCCCUCUCUCCCCUCGCUCUCCCUCCCCACAGCCACAGUAGUCUGCUACUACCAUGGGGGACUGGAACCUGUUGGGGAAGUUGUUGGAGAAAGCCCAGGAACAUAGCACCGUAGUGGGAAAGGUCUGGCUCACGGUCCUCUUCAUCUUUAGGAUCCUGGUCCUGAGCGCCGCAGCAGAGAAGGUGUGGGGGGACGAGCAGUCAGGGUUCACCUGCGACACCAAGCAACCUGGAUGUGAGAACGUCUGUUAUGACAUCACCUUCCCCAUCUCUCACGUCCGCUUCUGGGUCCUACAGAUCAUAUUCGUCUCCACGCCCACCCUCAUUUACCUGGGUCAUAUAUUACACCUGGUGAGGAUGGAGGAGAAACAGAAGCAGAGAGAGAAGGACGCAGAUCGGGCCGGGGACAAACCACCCUUGCUGGAGACCAAAGCCUGUAAAGCCCCGGUGAGGGACAACAGUGGUAGGGUUCGACUGAAGGGGGAACUACUGAGGACCUACGUGUUCAACGUCAUCUUCAAGACGCUGUUCGAGGUGGGCUUCAUCGUCAUGCAGUACCUGCUCUAUGGCUUCCAGCUGCAGCCCAUGUACACCUGUGACCGCUCGCCCUGCCCCAACACAGUCAACUGCUACAUCUCCCGACCCACAGAGAAAACCAUCUUCAUCAUCUUCAUGCUAGUAGUGGCAGGUUUGUCUCUGUUCCUCAACUUGAUAGAGAUGUACCACCUGGGAUCCACUAAGUGUCGCCAGGGGAUCAAGUACCACCGGGAGGAUCUGAGCUCAGACUCUGUCUCCAAGGAGCCCAGCGAGGUAGACGAGGCUGUACCCUACGCUCCUAGCUACGACCACUACCACGGAGGCCAGCCAGCCUACCCUCAACUCCAACCAGACCAGCAGGUCCAGCCAGCAUACCCUCCUGUCCCCAGCUAUAACAUGUCCCCGCUAUCUGAGGAGACUGACUCCACCUACCAGCCCUACCACAACAAGGCAGCCUACAAGCAGAACAAGGACAACCUGGCGGUGGAGAGGAGUGGCAGCAGGCAGCCGGAAGAGGAGGGGGACUUGAAAGGGAAGAAGGGCGGAGGAGAAACGUGGGGGGGGUCGGAGCCAGGUUCCCCAUCUCUAGCCCGGGCUGGACGCACCGCUGCUAAACACGGCAACAACAAGACCAGAAUAGACGAUCUGAAGAUCUGAGAGGGGGGUUAGGUUGCUAUGACGAUGUCUUAGGUUCCUUCCGAGGGUCUUAUGUUGCUUGAAAGGCAUUCUUAGAGUUCUGCCCCAAAUGGCACCCUAUUCCCUAUAUAGUGCACUACUUUUGACCGAGGCCUGUGACAGUCCAGAGCUCCGGUCCAAAGUAGAUCACUAUAUAGGGAAUAGGGUGCCAUUUGGGACACAGGUGUGUCCAACAGACCUGAGGCCAUCCUGCCCCCCACCCCUCCCCCCUCCCUCCCCCUCGGUGGCCUGGUGGAUGGCAGAGCUUUGACUCACUGGGAGGGAAUGAGACUUGUAGGACACACAAAUACACUUUGAGCGCUACGGUUGUGAAACACGAUCUGUGAAGGGACCACUGGGUUUCAUAUUAUAUGACGAACCUCGACGUCUCAAAUCUCUUUUAGAAAACCUUCUGGUUCUGGUCUCUACGUGGGAAAGAAGGAUCACGUACAUUAAAUACAACAACUUUUAUAUUGGAAAUGUUUGUGCAUUUCAGACUAAGAGGAUAUAUUCGACAUGUAGUUAGUUAUUGAGUGUGUGUGUUGUAGUAAUGAUGCUAUAUUGGGGGGAAAGGAUGUUAUUUAACAUUUGACAAAGUAAAAAAAUAUUUUUGAA